UCAAAACAAAAGGCUCUAUACCUCCAUGUAUUAAGCUUCCUCAUCCAACUCUCAAUUAUAUUUCAGUUCCAAUACUGAGGACUAUAAGUUUCUUCUCAAAUUCAAGUUUACUUUGAGAGCUUCAAUUGAUGCAGCAGGUGAUCAUGGAGGGCAGUAGCAGUAGCGGUUCUACCGCCCCAACAUGGUGGAGCUUGAGCAACACGACGACGCCCUUCCCGCAACCUCCCAAUAAUUCUGAGAUGUGGCAUCAAGACCAUGGAAGCCAAGAUUUACCAGAGUCAUGGUGCCAACUUAUACUAAUGAUCCAGCGGAGGGUUUGUCGCAGAAGAAGAGAGACAUGGGUUCAAGAAGAUGGAGAUCAAUAAUAGUUGUGGAGUGUUACUGGAUCAAUUGCUACGCGAGCAGGUGGCGUUUCCAUCACCACUCGCAACACAAAUAACAGGGUUUCAUCAGCAGCAGCAUGAUCAAGUGCAGAGCCAUGGAUCGUCCUCGUGGAAUAAAAAUCCUAUUCUUGCAGCUUCAUCUCCCCCGUCGUGCGUCACCACCAGUUUCAGCCCUCACAACAUGCUGGACUUCUCACACAAGCCUAGGCAGCAAAGCGACACUAAUAACUCUUCUGAGGGAAACAGCACAGAAACUGCUCCAGCUUUGAAGAAAGCUAGGGUUCUUGGGUGCUCUUCUAAAUCUACUCUUAUCAAGGUGAGGAAGGAGAAGCUAGGCGAUAGAAUAACCACACUGCACCAGUUAGUGUCCCCAUUUGGAAAGACUGACACAGCGUCGGUAUUGCAAGAAGCCAUCGGCUACAUCAGAUUCCUCCACAGUCAAAUCCAGGCUCUAAGCUCUCCGUACCUGCAGCAGCAGAAGCAGCAGGCCAUGAGGCAGCAGAGGCAGAUGCAGCUUGGGAACGAUGAUGCCGAUGGCGAUGACGAGACAAGAAAAGACUUGAGGAGUCGAGGACUGUGCCUUGUCCCGGUCUCCUUCACCAUGCACGUAGGAAGCGACAACGGCGCAGAUUUUUGGGCAGCUGCUCUUGGUGGAGGAUUCUGAAUUCUGAUCCUGAUCAGGAUUCUCGAGGAGCUAGAUACACAACAGUUUGCACAUGUAAUAGUUAUGUUCUUGAAAUUAACAUGCAUUCAUGCAUGGCAUAGCAUCAUUAACAGUCAUUCUACUCGAAAAUGAAGGCUGAUUGCUAUUUUUGUUAUUUUUGGGAGGGCUAAUGAUGUUAUGGAAGCUGGUUAAUUGCAUGGAACAUAGCAUGGCAUUUGGCAGACAUAUAUCAUCAACAACAUUAGUUAUAUUUGCUUUUCCUAGACUCUCCAACUCGUAUAUAUUAAUUAGGCUGCCAUGAGCGAAUGCAUGGCAUGGUGUAACACUUGAAAAGUGUAAUUAUUAUUCAGAAGAAUAGCAGCACUACUCUUUAAUA